GGUCUGGUCAAGUGGAGACAAGUGCGCAUGCCAUUUUAUACUGUAAUUUCUAUAGGGAUGCCCGCUUAAGAUUAGUGUCCCCUUUGCUGCAACGUUUUCCUGGGCAUUUGGAUGACUUCUAUUUGAAGUAUUUACUGUCCAGUCUUGAUGACAACCUAAUUAGCAAAAUGGCAAGUGCAGCGCUUAGCCUAAGAAUCUGUUCUUUCAAUGUGAGGUCACUUGGAGAAGCAAAGAGAAGAAGACCAGAAAUCCUGGACAUUAUUGUAAAGAUCAUUUCUCACUGCGAUAUCAUGCUACUGAUGGAAAUAAAGGACAACAGCAACAGAAUAUGCCCUUCUCUGUUAGAGAUAUUGAACCGUCAGGCACAAGACGAGUACAAUUAUGUGAUCAGCAACAGGUUAGGAAGAAAAACCUAUAAGGAACAAUAUGCAUUUUUCUACAGAUCCGAAGCAGUGAAAGUGAAGCAAACCUAUCAGUAUCCUGAUCUGCAGCCUGGCGAUGAAGAUGCACUUUCUAGAGAGCCUUUUGUUGUCUGGUUUUACUCUCCAAAAACUGUGGUCAAGGACUUUGUGAUAAUCCCUCUGCAUGCAGCACCAGAAACAGCUGUGCAAGAAAUUGAUGAACUCUAUGAUGUAUAUCUGGAUGUGAAACAAUAUUGGAAGUCUGAGAAUUUCAUCUUCAUGGGAGACUUCAAUGCUGGCUGUGACUAUGUCGCAAAGAAGCACUGGAAGAAUAUCAGGCUACGAAGCCACUCCGAAUUUGUUUGGCUGAUUGAUGACAAAACUGACACAACGGUGAAAGCAAGCACUCACUGCCCAUAUGACAGGAUUGUGCUGCAUGGAGACAAGCUCAUAAAAGCCCUUAUGCCAAACUCAGCAAAUAUCUUUGAUUUCCAGCAUGCCUUUUCGAUGACAGAAGUGCAGGCUUUAGCAGUGAGCGAUCACUUUCCCAUAGAGUUCCAGCUGAGAACAUCCAGGCGAUCUUCAAGAACCAGAGCAAGAAAUCGCAAACAGGUCAAGUGACUUGCUGUGCUGGAAAUAGGAAUUUUAAAAAAUGUGUAUUAGCAAGCAAGGAGAAGCAUUAGCAUUUUGACAUGUUCUUGAUGUAAGUCCCUUCUGGUGUGAAGUAUUUAACCAAAAAUAAGCAACAUGAUUUUUUUGUAUUCUUAAAAGCAUUAAAGCUUAAACAAAGUCAAUGAACUAGACUUGUCCUUGCCCUAAAGAUAAAUGCAGUGAGACAGUGUGGAUGCCUUAACAGUAUCUACAGCAGGGGCUGUUUAGCAAAGCAGUCUGUUUACUCAGAAUUGCUCAUGGUCGCUAGCCAUUCCCAACAUGUCCCCCAGCCAAAAACUAUUUUAAGCACACUUUUUGCAAUAGUCUUGUCCAAAGCAUGUAGACACACACUGUCGCAUCACCUCUUUGAAGUCAGAGAAAUUUGAAAUUGUUGAUUCAAGUGGGACACCAAAGAUUGCAAAAGUUGUUUCUUUAAAUUAAAAAAAGUAUUGAGAAAGUAAAAAAGCAGACCCAACCCAACCCUCCCUAAGAGAUGAGACCGUAGAAGAACACAGGCUAUGAUCAGACUGAAUGUGUGGAUUAAAUAGAGUUUGCAAGAGGAAAGGACAAAUGUUCCUCAGAUGUUUUAAGCUUGCCUUUAUCGUGAUAAUGUUUAUUGACUCUGUUGGGCCAAUGGGGGAAAUAGGCACAAAAGAUUGUCACACGUGAAGAUGGGCCAAUAGGAUUGAUGUUGUGGUACUAAAACAGAUUUUAUCUCACAGCUUGAGCUUUGAUCCUCAGGAUCUAUUUUCUUACCAAAUUAAGGCGACAGUAAAGAUUACCCACAAAUCAGACUGA